AUGGGCUCCCAUCAAGUCACAGAACAUGAUGUUACGAUCACGUCGUUCGAGAUCGUGGAUCUGCGGUUUCCCACUAGUUUAGAUGGCGUUGGGUCGGAUGCAAUGCACAAGGGUACAAAUGGAUCUCAUCCGUAUAUUCAACUCAAGACAAACCAGGAUGGGCUGGUUGGCGAUGGGAUUGCAUUCAGCAAUGGACGAGGAAGCGAACUGAUCUGUCUGGCACUCGACAUUUUCGCAAAGCGCGUGGUAGGCAAGACAAUGCACGAGCUCACACGGAAUAUGGGAAAGACAUGGCGGUACAUGGUUUCGGACUCGCAAUAUCGAUGGGUUGGCCCGGAAAAGAGCAUCACACACUUGGCGGUAGCGGGGGUUCUGAACGCGGUCUGGGACCUGUGGGGCAAGAUUCUGGACAAGCCCGUCUGGAAGAUUGUCUGCGAUAUGAACCCAGAGGAGAUUGUUCGGUGUAUUGACUUCCGAUAUAUUACUGACGUGAUAACGCCGGAGGAGAGUAUCGAGAUGCUAAAGAAAACACAAAAGGGCAAGCAGGAUCGCAUGCGAGAAGCAUUUGAAAACACUGCAGUACCCGCAUACACCACGUCACCGGGUUGGUUGGCCUUCUCUGGCGAUCGCAUGCGAGAGGUGCUUGAAGAUACCAUUGCCGCCGGUUACACCGUUUUCAAAUUCAAAGUUGGCACCAGCGUUGAGGCUGAUCGGGAGAGGUUAUCGGCUGUCAGAGAGGUGUUGGGGUAUGACAAGGGACACCAGAUUAUGAUCGAUGCCAACCAGGUUUGGAGUGUCCCACAGGCGAUCGAGUACAUGAAGCAGCUGGUGGAGUUCAAGCCGGUGUUUAUCGAGGAGCCCACGAAUCCUGAUGAUGUCCUCGGUCACGCUACAAUCCGCAAGGCUCUCAAGCCAUACGGAGUCGGCGUGGCUACCGGCGAGGCUGCCCAGAACCGUGUGACCUUCAAGCAGCUCCUGCAGGCCGAGGCCACCGAUGUGUGCCAAAUCGACGCUGUCCGUCUCGGCAGUGUCAACGAGUGCCUUGCGGUCAUGCUCAUGGCUUUGAAGUUUGACGUCCCGUGUGUGCCUCAUAAUGGUGCCAUGGGCUUAACUGAACUGACCUCACACCUGAGCACAAUUGAUUACAUCGCUAUCAGCGGACGCAAGUCGAUGCUGGAGAUGGCGGACAGCCACCGUGAGAAUCUGCGCCAUCCUUCGCAGAUCAAAGACGCACAUUAUGUCACCCCUCUGGCACCUGGCUACUCGACCGGAUACACCGAAGAGGCGCUGGAGAAAUACACAUACCCCAAUGGCAGCUUUUGGAGAAGCGACAUCGGGCUUGAGAUUAUCGCCCAGCCCACUGGAGACGAACUAUGA